UACUGUUUUCGUAUUACAUACUUAAUAUUAUUCAUGAAAAUUCAAAGUUCAAUUCAUUAAGUUAUAAAUUGAAACUCACCGAGCGAUAGCUAACCAGUAGCCGGCGCGACAUCGGUAAGAAUACUUUAACUAGCGGCGUUAAGUUAAUUUGUAUUUGACAGCGAAAAAAAAAAAUGCCUUCAAACUGCGGUGUUGGUGCAAACCACAAGUUGGUGUUGUUGACGCUUGUGGCGCUUAGUUUACAGUGGCAAGUUUUUGCGGUCGAUUUUCCCGCUCCCAUAACAAAAUGUCACUUCGGCGACGAAAAAUGCCUAAUCGAACAGGCACACAAAUUGCUGAAGAAAGCUGCUACAGGUAUACCGGAGAAGGAUAUACCCAGUCUAGAGCCGCUUAAGGUGGAAAAAAUCGAAAUGUUGGGCGAUAAGAAUAGUGCACUAAAAGUCGACUUAGUGAUGAGCGAUGUAGAAUUCUACAACUACACGAAAGCAAAACUAUUAUCGAUCAAGGGCUUCUCGAAGGACCUUAGCAAGCCAAUGAAACUCGUCUCACAAAAUAUUAAUCCACGCAUGACCAUUAAAGCGAAAUACAAAGUCAAUGGCAAUAUAUUGGUGUUGCCUAUUAAAGGCGAGGGUCUAUUAACCAUGGUGCUGGAUAAUGUAAAGUCACGCAUUGUGACCACAAUGAAGCCGGAGCAGCGUAAUGGCAAAACUUAUUUAAUAGUUGAUAAUAUCAAACUCGAAUCUAAACUAGACAAUGUCAUCACCGAUAUGACAAACCUCUUCAAUGGCGACAAAACGCUCGCGGACAGCAUUCUAAAAGUUAUGAAUGAAAAUUGGCGCGUACUCAGCGAUGAGCUUACGCCGCGUAUCAAUGAAGCUUUGGCGCACAAAUUUGAAGAGCUGUUACCGAAAUUAUUUAAGGAUAUACCCUACGAAGACUACUUUUUGCCAGAAUAAAUUGGUGCUAGAUGAAAAAAAAAUUUUAA